CGAGAAGGAUAUAAAAAGUCUUUCAAAGCCGAAUUUUAAAGGUGACUGCUGAAUUCAGAAUGGUUGCCAUUUUCUGAGAGAAAUAUUCUUCUAAAUAUGGACUAACGAUAAAAUUAGCAACAAGUUAUAAUGCGACGAUGGCACGUUACAUUUUCAAUAUUACUACUUGUCAUUAUUCUUACUUUCAUAGAGCUCAAGAAGAUAUAUGAGAUACAUAAAAACAGAUCGGAAAUAAGGAAGCACCAUGGAACACCACUCCGGACAGACCCGUCAAUUCCUGGAGAUGGAGAACAUAUUAAGAGACAAAAUGACACUGGAGGGCAGAGCAGACUGACUGAAUCUUUUGCAGUUAAGCUAGACGAACCCGCCAAUCUCAUUCCAGAACAAACUGCGAAUAUAAAUAAAACUCAAAGUAGCCCCAACAUUGCAACACCAAACUCAACAUACAAAGAAUGUGCACAGGUCCAAAUCAAUGAUGUGCCUACAGUUCAGAGGGCAAAGACAUCAAGAGUUCCAGUUGAAUUUUACGAUUUAAGCUUUCAUAAUUAUUAUUUAGAUGAUUUUGAAUAUGUUCAUCUUGGGAAGGAUGUCUGUAGCAAGGUGGAAACUGAGAAGUUUAUCCUAUUUGUCGUGAUAACUGAUACUAGAGAGGAUGCGAUAGCAAUUCGACAAUUUUUACGGGAAACUUGGGGAAGUGUGAAAGCCCACUCCGGUUGGACAAUUCAGACAGUCUAUCUGAUGGGAUCAACCAAUGACACGCAUAGAAUGGCAACCAUUGCUGACGAGUCCAAAAAGUAUGGUGACAUCAUACAAGCAAGCUGUGGAGACGCCUACAGAGAUAUGAGCCUCAAAGUAAUGAUGGUGUUGAAGUGGGUUGAGAAAUAUUGUGCAAACGCUAAAUACGUCUUCAAAGGGACUCAUGAUAUUGUUGUCCAUUUCGGACGAUUUUUCGAAAAGAUAAAUGAACUUUCCAAAAUGACGAAAGAUAGUGAUAACGUGUUUUGGGGCUGCCCUGUGACUAAUGGCUACAUCUCACACCAUGGCGAUAAAAGGUUACAAAAAUGGGCGCAAGAUUCACCCGUUGUGUGGGAGUCGAGGCUAUAUCCAACAUAUCUUGAAGGAAGCGGCUUCCUCAUGAAUAUGCAAGCAGUGAAAUCAGUCAAUCGUUUAUAUUGCCGUACACCCGUUACUUGGCCCGAUGACACGCAUACUAGUGGGGGCGUUUAUUGA